UUGAUGACGGUGGCUCCGCCGGCACAGAUCACCAUUACGGUGGCUCCGGUGCAGUAUUCGUUUCAAACAACAGCUAUCUAUAAACCAGAUCUGGCUGAUGUCGAGUUUAAUUUCUUCACUUUUUCAGUAGCCCGGCCAACACUCAAUAUAUAACAAGAACACGAACCAGGACUAGAAACUAGAAUGACUUCAAGUGCUGCCGAUCAUAAAUGAGGUCAGAAUUUACUCCUCCGGGCCGCGAAAUCAUGGUCAAGGUUCUCUCAAUUCUCGGGAGGAAAUUAAUAGUUGAAGGUUCAUCUUAUUCUUUCUCGGCGUCCUGAUAGUUUUCCAAUUAUAUCGCUUCAUGGCUGAAGUUGCUGCAUCUUGCACCCAACCAGUGUGCGAGAUUGGAAAGUGCUUAUGGGCUCCUAUUGCUAGACGCAUCAACUAUGCCAAAAAAUUGUCGAAGAAUUGGGAAGCGCUUUGUAAGAAAGCAUCAGAGUUAGGGAUCAAAAGAAAUGAUAUUGUUGCCGAAAUUGACAGAAUGAAUCUGGAGAAAACUCCAACCCAAGAAUGUGAUGCUUGGAGAACGGAGGUGGCGGAGAUGGAAAACAAGAUUGAGACCAUAAAGCAGGAGUUCAGUGUUGAGAAGAAAUGUGUUGGGGGAUUAUGUCCUGACAUAUUUGCACGUAUAGGGUUUGGUGAGCGAGUGGUAAAUAUGAUCAAUGACAUUGACGUGCUCCUAGAAAAGUCCAAGUUUGGAAGUGGAUUUCUUGUUGAUUCACCACCAGCUAGAGUUGAGAAGCAACCAGGCCCCGGUUCAACGUUGUCAAUGUCUGCAUAUGAUACACUGGCCAUGGUACUGGAUGAAAUUCGAGACAAGAGCACUCCAAAGAUUGGUAUUUGGGGAAUGGGCGGAGUGGGGAAGACAACUGUUUUGCAACUCUUGAAUAACACGCCAGAAAUAACAGCAAUGUUUGAUCACGUGAUAUGGGUGACCAUCUCAAAAUCUCCAAGCAUUAGAAUGAUACAAGAAGAAGUGGCGCGGCGUUUACAAAUAAGAUUAGAUGGGGGUGAGUCUGAUGAAAUAGUAGCAAGGCAAUUGUUUCGCAAACUCGACAACAAGAAGUACUUGUUACUUUUAGAUGAUGUUUGGGAGAUGGUGGAUAUAACUGUUAUAGGGUUACCAAAUCCCAAUAAGGACAAUGGUUGCAAAUUGGUUUUAACAACCAGAAAUUUGGAAGUUUGUCGAAAGAUGGAAACAUAUACUGAGAUCAAGGUGAAGGUUUUGUCAAAUGAGGAAGCUUUGGAGAUGUUUUACACAAAUGUGGGAGAUGUUGUAAGGCUUUCCGCCAUCAAAGAACUCGCUGAAAGCAUUGUCAAAGAGUGCAACGGCUUGCCCCUUGCCCUAAAGGUCGUAAGUGGUGCGUUACGGAAGGAGGCAAAUGUGAAUGUUUGGAGCAAUUUCUUACGAGAAUUGAGGUCACCUGCUACAUCUUUCAUUGAAGACUUGAAUGAAAAGGUGUUCAAGGUACUAAAGGUCAGCUAUAACCAUUUAAAAAACACUCAAAAUAAGAAAUGUUUUUUGUUCUGUGGAUUGUAUCCGGAAGACUCGAACAUUAAAAAACUUGAAUUGAUAGGAUAUUGGAAAGCAGAGGGUAUUCUUUCUCCGAAACUUACUUGGGAAGAGGCACAUGAUAAGGGAGAAGCAAUAUUGCAAGCUCUUAUAGAUGCUUCGUUGUUGGAAAAAUGUGAUGGAUAUGAUGACCAUGUGAAGAUGCACGAUGUUGUUCGAGACUUGGUGUUGGCAAUGACUUCUCCAGAAGGUGGGGAAGAAUCCGCACAUCUGGUGAGAGCUGGAAUUUCUUCAGAGAAGAUGCCAGAGGAGGUGGAAUGGAAAAAGGCAACAAGAAUAUCGUUUAUGGAUCAUGACUUGCGCAAUUUGCCAAAAUCGCCAAAAUGUCCUGAGCUCUUGACACUAUUGCUUCAAGGAAAUAGGGAUUUAGAGGCAAUUCCAGAAACAUUUUUUGACAACAUGCCUAACCUCCGAGUUUUGGAUCUGUCACGCACCAGUAUCAAAUCUUUGCCAACUUCCAUGUUGAAAUUGGACAAUCUUCGAGAACUAAUCCUUCAAGGAAAUACGGAUUUAGAGGCAAUUCCAGAAACAUUUUUUGACAACAUGCCUAACCUCCGAGUUUUGGAUCUGUCAUGCACUAGUAUCAAAUCUUUGCCAACUUCCAUGUUGAAAUUGGACAAUCUUCGAGAACUAAUCCUUUCAGAUUGCAAGAGGUUGGAGGCUCUCCCUGUUGGGAUGAUACGCAAGCUCUCUCGGAUUGAAGUAUUUAAACUUGCACUUUUUGGGCCGUUUUUCGAAGGUGGGCUAAGUGAUGAAAGUACGGAUAUUGUUGCGAAAGAACUCAGUGACUUGAGUAAACUUUCUUUCCUUGACUUUGACUUCCAGAGAGUAGAUAAUCUCCAAUACUUCCUGCAACAUAGCAGAGCAUGGAAACAGAGGACAUUGAUAGUUUUCGGUUUAUCUGUUGGCCGAGAUUGGGUCUAUCAAUCUCCUGCCGAUCAUUGGGGAACCAAGUGGCUGAUAGAGAAGUAUAAAAGGUGUUUGAGUUACCAAGUAAGUGGAGAAGAAGAAAUGGGUAGCGGCCUUCCCUCCGCCAUAGAAGAUGCACUCAAUCGUUCGAAUUGCUUUCAAUUAAAGGGUCAAGAUGAACUUAAUUCUCUAUCAGAAGUGGGCGCGCACAACACUUGUGAGUUAAGAUACUGCAGGAUUGAAAAAUGCAACGCCCUUGAAAACGUUGCCAAUAGAAAUGGGCUUCUUCAAACGGGUGCUUUUCCAAAUUUAGAACGUUUACAUCUGAUCGGUUUGAGGAAUUUGAAGUCUGUUCUCUGUUUGGAGACGGAUGAGGGACAAUUGCUACCACCAACACCACCAAAUCUAAAGAGCUUUACCAAUCUAAAAACACUAGAACUUGAAUGUUGUCCACGAAUUGAGCAGCUAUUCUCAAGUGGAUUCAUGGUUCAACAACUAUCCAACUUAGAAGCAUUGGUAACCUGGUACUGUCCGGGACUCAAGGGGAUGGUUCCAGAUGAUGAAAAGAUUGAAUACGAGGCUCUACCCAAAUUGCAGAUUUUGUGGCUCCGUAAGUCGCCAGAAUUCGUGAGUUUUUUUAAAGGUGUUCCCAUGUAUUGGCCAUCAUUGUUGGAAGUACAGAUAAUGGGUUGUCCGAAGUUGAGAAAACUCCCCAUCGACACUAAUAGUUGUCCUAAUUUGAAGGCAAUCAGGGGCAACCAGGAGUGUGUUUCUCCACAAAAAGUGCAAAAACCAAAUGGCUUGGAAUCACGGGCGUGCCAGGACUGGAUUGCAGUCCAAACUGUAUUUCAAGGCCUUCGUGCCUCAAAAAUCUGACUUCUUUCAAACGAUGGUGCUCGGCCCAAAGGGUAAGGCCUCGUGAUGGUUCGUUGUUCGCCUUUGCUGGAUAAGGACUUAAAUAUUUCCUAACCGUUGUUAGAAAAUGGUUAAAAGAAAAGGAAAGGACUGAAAGGUAAUGAAGGAACAAAAACAAACUUUAUUAAUUGGUUAACAAAGUUUGGGUACAAGGAAAUAAAAUGACAUAAAAUCUAGUCCGUGCUAGAUUGAACGGCAAAAUAAA